AAAAAAAAAAAUAAAAACAGCGUAGUGAUUGCAAUUGAGACAUGGCGUAUUAAGCAUGGAAAUAGAACUGUAUACGGCACUGAGCACAUCGUUUUGAUUAAAGAUGGAGGAGACGGGUAACGAGAAGUUCCAAUCGCGAAGACGUUCUGCCGCUUUAAAGGCUUUUAAAGUCAAAGACGAAAGAGUAGCUACGUUCAAAAAGGUAGCGGCAAUUUUGCAAAAAUCUGAAAUAGAUAGAACAGCGGAGGAGACUGGAAUACUUGCCUCAUGCAGCGAUGUAGUAAAAGAGGUUAAUUUACGGCAAGAAAAGAGAGAUAAAAUAAAAGCGAGAUUAGAAGAAGUCGAAGAUGCACCCGAGAUUUUGGAAGAAAAAUGUAUGCGUUUGGCAGCAGCAAUCAGCAGAGCAACAUCGCUUGCAGUAUACACUGGCGCUGGUAUCAGCACAGCGGCAUCUAUUCCAGAUUACAGAGGAACCAAUGGAGUUUGGACUCGGAUGCAGCAAGGAAAGGAUAUUGGGAAUCACGAUCUGACCCAAGCUGAGCCAACGGUAACCCAUAUGACUCUUUACGCAUUGUAUAAAGCACGAGUGCUCAAGCAUGUAGUCUCCCAAAACUGUGAUGGAUUACAUUUACGCAGCGGUAUUCCGCGUAAUUUCUUAUCCGAGGUUCAUGGCAAUAUGUACGUGGAAGUUUGUAGAGUGUGCAAACCAUCCAGAGAAUACUGGAGACUUUUUGACGUUACUGAAAAAACUGCGCGAUAUCAACACGGUACAGGAAGGUUAUGUCACAGAUGUAACUCAGUAUUGCAAGAUUCAAUUGUUCAUUUUGGUGAAAGAGGUAAUCUACCCUGGCCAAUCAAUUGGAAUGGAGCGAGCAGAGCAGCGAAACAAGCAGAUGUCAUAUUAUGUUUGGGUUCUAGUCUGAAAGUUCUUAAAAAAUAUCCAUGGUUGUGGCAGAUGGACAAACCUGUGCAGAAAAGGGCUUCUUUGUAUAUUGUUAAUUUGCAGUGGACUCCGAAGGACGAAAAUGCCGUUUUAAAGAUAAAUGGAAAAUGUGACGAAGUGAUGAAGAGAGUCAUGAGUCAUCUCGGAUUAGAAAUACCGCAGUACAAUCGCAUGAAAGAUCCGAUCUUCUUUCACGCGGUGAAACUUCAGAACUGCGAACAGCUCACCACGAGUCAGCCAUGUCUUGAGGAGCCGGCGAUCAAGAAGGAGCCUUUAAGUCAAAGUAGCGAUGAAAAUGUUAAGCGCACAGUGCAGCAAACUGACGAUAAAGAAGACUGCGUAUCAUCCGUAGCGGUGACCGACACAACGACUGCCUAUCCAGCGCCUUUUUUCGCCGCGUUACCCUUUCUCUCUAUGGGCUUACCGUUUCCUCCAAUGUAUAUGUAUCCUCAAUUAACGCCGUUAUUUUAUUAUCCUUUUAUACAAGUACCUAGUGCGCCUGUGGAGGCACCAAAACCCAAGCCAGCUUGUUUGUUUUGUAUGGAACAUGAGGGCUCCCUUACCUGUUUAUACUACCAACGUGACGGAGAUUGUCCUACAUCAACGAAGAUCGAGGAUGAGAAGAAACAGGAAGAAGGUGCACUGAUGAUACGCGCGGACACUCCCAUAGCAUCUCCAAAGAAUCCAGGCUGGUUUGGUAAAGGAUAUCGUAAGGGUAUGAAAAAGAAGCGGUAGCAUCUACUCUAUAUAAUCUACACAGUGCGUUUAGUCCGCUCUUUUGUUUUCAUCAGGUUUAUAAUAUAAUCUUAUAUUGUACGAUAUAAUAACGUACACGAGAGUAUUUAAAGCCUCCAUAUCGUAACAAGAUUCGUACAUAUUUUGUAGAUUUAUAGCGAUUUGAUUCCAGUAUUCGAAGCUUUAACAAAAUAGACUGAAAUUUUGGAAGUAAUUCCCAACAUUGCAAACAAAGACAAUCUAUUAUUUUUUAUCCACUUUAGACAAGAUUAAUUUAUUUCGCCAAGCUUCCAAGAGUUGCACUUAUAUGAGUCCUCGAGGGAUGGAGAAAUGGGAUGCACAUUUGACUCGGAAAUAGUUUUGAACUAUUAUUAUUAUCAAUAAAGCACGAUUUAUCUCUGCAAAUAUAUACAAAUAUUUUUAUAUGUAUAU